AUGGAAUUCAGGCUCGCGGCGGAGGGGAAAGUGGAGGAGCUCCGCCAAUGGCUCCGUCAACACCCCGAUCGGAUUAACAUCCCCAGCGCCACCGCCCGUUUCACGUUGUUGUAUACCGCCAUCAGCAACUGCCGUCGGGUCGACCUCGCCUCCUUGCAGCUCGGCGAGAAUCGCUACUUCGAAACGGUGCGAAUGCUUUGCGAGGAGUUCAUGGCGGACGUGGGCGCCCCCAGCGGGGGUUGCGGGAACACCCCCGUCCACCUGUGCGUUCAAAACGGGGAGGAGGGGAUGCUGCGGUAUUUAAUCAGCGUUUUGCACGCGCCGAUCCGGCGAAAUGCGUUGGGGGAGACCCCGCUCGAUCUUGCGGAGCGCGGCCGAACGGAGAGCAGCCGGCGAUGCGCGGCUCUCCUCCGGGAGGAACUCCACCGCCGUGAGGGGCACCCUUCCAAAGGAGGAGGGGGAAGCGGAGGGGGAGAGGCUUCUCCUCGCCAUGGAGGCAAUGUCGAGGGGUUUCGCCAAACGCGAGUUCCGCCCCCAUCGGGGGUGUGGCUUCCUUUCCAGAUGGAAACGACGGUGGGAUCCUCCACGUCCGUCGCCCCCUCUGCCUUCCCUUCUCCCCCACUUUCCAACGCGUUUACCCCCACCACGAGUGGUUCGACCGCGCCUCUGGCGAAGACCCCUUCCUUCCCGCCGCCGUCGUCAUCGCCUGUGGGGUUGAAGAGCGGGGGAACGCCGCCCCCGCGCACGUCGUACCUCCAUCGCGAUCUCACGCAUUUGAAGGUGCUGCCGAAUCCCGAUCUUCGCGCGUUUCGCGCGGCCUACGGCGAUGGUUUCAGCUUCACGCAAUGCCGCCACCACUACGAAAUCCGCGGCCUUCUUCCUUAUCGGUUUGAAAAAGUCGUCUACCACACCCCGGUGAUUCUUUUUGUGGAUCUCGCGGCAACGGGCACGGCGCCUUGGCGGCGGUAUCGCGCGUUGAUCGAUCUACAACACCUCGGCGGGUACGCGAUCUCGCGAAAGGCGCUCUACGUCGAUCCUCUCAGCGGGGUGAUCCUGCCGAGCGCGCGGGAGGCGGUGGUGGAAGGCGGGGGGCGCGAUCUCCUCGAUUUCGUUCGCACCGCGCUCAUCGAAAACUUCGAGCGGGUGCCGCCGAUGGUCGGGGGCUCGAGCCCGUAUGGAUUUCCGGUUUCCCCCGUGAUCGGCGAGGUCGGAACUCCGGGGGAUCGAUUUCGCUUCCACCACUCCCGCUCCACUCCCGCGUAUCUGCGCGAUAUGCUGCAACGACGAACCCCCCGUUGGCUGCUCAUCUACCGCGUGUUGCAGGAUUUCUCGCGUUUUGGGGAUGGGUUGUUUCGCUACGACGCCGCGCACGACGUCGCGGUCGGGGAGAUUCCGAUUCUUCGCACGACCAAAACGACAGGCGGCGGAGGUAGUGGGGGAGGGGGUUCUUCCCGCGCGCGGGAUCAUCUUUAUAAUGCGUAUCCCUUCCUUGGAAUCGCCGCGGCGGCCUCCGAGCCGGUGGAGAUGGAGGGGGUGGAGUUUCUCGUGCGGGUGCCCGUCCGCCUUUUGUUUGGGGAUGUCGACGAAGCCGGGCGGCCCGCUUCGUCGUCUGGUGAGGGGGGGUAUCGCGCCUUACCGCGGGUAUUUCUUCUGUCCGCCGCCGAGGAGGCAUCCUUUGCGGGAUUUCCGCCCUUUUCCUGCCCUCCCACUCUCACGGCGUGGGGGUACGCCUGCUUUAAAGGGUUGAUUCAGGAUCGACGGACUGGAUUGGUGCGGCCGGAGGUGAUCGCGUCGGCGCCGUCGGUGAGUCGCCUCCCCGUGGAAGGGCGAUCCAAAACAACGGAGGGGGAAGCGGCCGGCGGGGGGUUCACCUACUCCCUUUACGAACUCCUCGUUUUUCUACAAAAUCGGUUAUCCGACGCGUUGGAAGGGGUUUUAAACGAUUCCCGCGACCUGCCCCGGGCUUCUCCUUUUUUCCCUUCUCCUUUGGAUUCGUCGGGGUCGCCGAAGGGGUUGCCCUCCGCGGGGAAGUCGUUGUUGGAUGAUCUUUUCGAAUGCCCCGAGGCCCCUCCUCGUGGGGGGUCGGCGAAUACGGGCCUCGUUGCGGGCGAGGAGCCCUCCACGAGUUGUCUGUUAUGCGGGGUUCGCGCGCAGCGGGUGGGGUUGCUUCCUUGUCGUCAUCGUCCGCUCUGCGGGGAGUGCGCGGCGAAGUAUAAAAGCCACUGCCGCGGUGGGGUGGGGGCGAGCCGAUACGCCGGGGGUUCCACGGCUACGACUCCACAAGGGAGGGAGGGGGAGGCCCCUUUGCAGCUCGAUUAUUUUUCAUGUCCCGUCUGCCGGGAGCGCGCGCUGGGAACGGAAGAAGUCGCCGCGUGA